UUUCUCUCUCUCUCUCUCUCUCUCUCUCUCUCUCUCUCUCUCACAUCUAUCUUUCUCUUUCACUUUCUCUAUCUACCUUGAUACUCUUAAUUAAGUCGCCCACCGGACUAUCCAUAAAUCUCUGUACACUCUGUCCGUGUUAAGUCUGUUGUGGACCAGUGAAUGCAGGAAAUACGAGGAACGGAGUCGCGACUCAUGCAAGCAAUAAAUUAGAGACCAACUAAGUAUGACCACGGCACCGAAGACGUAACGGAAGUAACGUUACGACAACAGGAAACCGAAGGUGUCAGUUACGCCGAAAUUAGCUAAAUUUAAGCUAAACUAGAUUCUAAAAGAUUUGGUCCAAUAGAGAAAAAAAAAGACGGUUAACGAUUGUCAAAAGCGAAAUUUAAUCGCAUUAGCUGCGCUAAGGGAAAAAUAAUGCAAACGUGAGUAUCACGCGUAAAUUGCAAAAUUACGCGCGCAAAAAAUCACGAGACUUUCAAUUCGAGCGAAAGAGACUCCUAAGUCAAAAUAUUUUUUCGAUUAAGUGUGGUACUAUCGUAAUUUACAUUUUAAAAUACGCAUCGAUUACAGUGGGAACAAGCUCGAUCAACGAAGUUGGUUUCGCAAAUCAAUAUAUUGUUUGAGCCGGAAAAAUAAUCCAACGAUAAACAACGGCUUCAACAAGAACGAGCCAAGAGGACGAGCGAGAGGAAGAGCGCGCGUGGAAGUAUUUACGUAUUCGACAACGAUGGCAUUAUCCUGAAACGGGCAUGACGCCCUUGGCCUCGAGAUGCGACGAGACCACCACCCUCCUAUUGCUGCUGCUACUCGAGCUGGCACCCGGGGCACGUUGCUAUUCGCGCGCGGCCGCAACCUCUGCUUUGUCCUUACCGAGAUAGCAUCUACAGUCCCCGGCGAGGGUGCGAGUGAUGCCGCUUCUCGGCAGCAUUAUGACCAUCGCCGUCGAUAGUCCGACAACGGCGUCCACGAGCGUCUUUGAGGGGAACAUGACGUGGUCUCGACCAAUCAGUGGUGGCUCUACGUUUCCGAGUAACGAGGCCCUCCCGACACGUGCGAUCUCAAACGGUAAGCAACAGCGGCGUCUGACCGCGACAGCUACCAGUGAUCGUGUUAGUCGCCUCUUCAGCGGUGGAGGUGCUGAGAAAGGACCGAGCAAGAACGCUGCUAAAAACAACGAAAAACACAUCGAGGGCAACAAGCGUAACACCACGACAGGAAGAGAGGGCGGCAAGCCCAAGCAAGAGGUAGCGAGAAAGGAAGCUUCCGAUCAUUGCGGCCACACGUCAGAAACUCGAAUUUGUGGCAGGAACACUGUAGACGCGGCAAAGAGCGGAGAAGUUGCAUUUACUGACGAAGAAAGAAGGGUAGGAAUAAGUAUUGAGGGCGACAGCAGUGAACAAAGUGGUGACAGCGUAGGCAGUACUACCGAUAGUGUGAGUGUGAGUACAGGUGUAUCGAACAGCACGGAGGAGGAAGUUGUGAUCGGAAAGGAUUGGUUGCUCUUCGGUUUUAGCGACACAAUGGAGGACACGAUCAAUUCGUUCAACGACUCGUUCAACGGUAGUUUCCGUCAUCCAUGGAAUAUUAGUUAUAACGAGACUUUCAUUGUUCUGGAGGGUAUGUACCCGUCGGGAUACACUCUCCCGCAUAUUAUAUUGGCGUCUAUCCUCGCGACGCUACUGAUGAUCGUGAUCGUCGUGGGAAAUAUGCUGGUGAUAAUCGCCAUUGCCACGGAGAAAGCGCUCAAGAACAUACAGAAUUGGUUCAUAGCCAGCCUCGCGGUAGCGGACUUCUUCCUCGGUCUAGUGAUUAUGCCAUUCUCUCUCGCUAAUGAGAUAAUGGGUUACUGGAUCUUCGGGUAUUGGUGGUGUGACAUUCAUUCUGCCAUGGACGUGUUGUUGUGUACGGCCAGUAUCAUGAAUCUGUGCCUAAUCAGCUUAGACAGGUUUUGGAGCAUUACACAAGCGGUCGACUAUCUGAAGAAAAGAACACCGGCUAGAGCGGCACUCAUGAUCGCCCUCGUCUGGCUAUUAUCAGCGCUUGUUUGUAUACCACCGUUACUCGGAUGGAAAAGACCUGCUCCGGCUGAAGAAUAUCCUAAAUGCUUGCUGUCGGAGGACAUCGGGUAUGUCCUUUACUCUGCCCUGGGCAGCUUUUACAUCCCAUCCUGCAUCAUGGUCUUCGUGUACAUACGUAUAUACUUCGCUGCCAAGGCUCGCGCACGUCGCGGCAUCCGGAAACAGCCCCGUCCACGUGCGGUGCCGCCGGAAUCGCCUGACAUCAGGCAGACCAGCUUCACUCAAAGCACACCGGCAACCGAUACUAAGAAGCCUCCGGGAUCAGUCAUGGAAAACGUUGCCACGAUCGAGAACCAGCCGGUCCAGAUACCGAUUGUCACAUGCGACUUCGCCAGCGACGUCAGCACGUCAGAAGCUGAUCCCGGUGGAGGCAUUAGUAUACCGAUGGAAGAGAAGGACACGCUGAAGGUGAGUAUACCGGUGCCGGCACAAAAGAGCAACUUAAAGGCGACUCUGUCAGUGAACGGAGACGGGCAGUCAGGAGGUCAGAAUGUACCGGCGCGAUGCCGAGCGCCCAGCGUUGGCAUCGACGUCGACAUGGUGUCCGAGUUUGAUCCCUCGUCAUCGGACAGUGGCGUGGUGUCGAGAUGCGCGGUGGUAAAGCCGCUCAAGCUGCGAUUGUGCCAGCCGAUCUUCGGUCGUAAACACGUAGGUAAGUUGAAGAGGGAACACGGCGAUGCGGGGCGACACGCGGGCAAGGACGAAUCCGGCGGCAACGGCAAGACGGCGAAGCAGCGCGAUCCAGAGAAAGAGAAGAGGAGAAUAGCAAGAAAGAAGGAGAAGCGCGCCACGCUGAUACUGGGCUUCAUAAUGGGCAGCUUUAUCGCUUGUUGGCUGCCCUUCUUUGUCCUUUACAUCGUCAAACCUCUCUUUCCUGAUUUCGAUAUACCCUCGCAGGCCUUCGUAAUCGCAUUUUGGCUCGGCUACACCAACUCGGCGCUGAAUCCCUUUAUUUACACAGUCUUCAACAAGGACUUCCGCCGUGCUUUUCGCCGAAUAUUGUUUAAAUGAGCAAUACAGUAUAGCGUCGACCAGGAGGGACGCUAGCGAUAAUUACAUUUUCCGUCCUCGGGUAUGUGAAUAUACCGAUGGUACUCCGAGGAUGUUUUCUCGAUCGCAUCGCGCGGUAUCCGAUCUGUUAUCCCCGCGUUAUCCUCGCGUUAUCCUCGAGAGAAACUUUAAUCAUAAGAGGAAGGUGGAAUUUUACAAUGCCACUGAAACACUUGCGGAAGAUGGAAUCGGAAAUGCGCGAGGAGUUUGCUUGCGACAAGACGGCAAGUUCGUGUUUCAGAUCGAAAAAAGUUUUCCAGCUGAUUUUUUCGGAAUACAAAAUGAGCACUGGAAACUGCAAAAUCGCACGUGCGAAGAAUGAGAGAUGAAGAGAGAGAGAGAAAGAGAGAGAGAGAGAGACGAGUUGAUCUCACGUCUCUGAGUUGGUGUAUUCCUUCAGAGGGGAAUGUUGUCAUCUUCCAAAAAACCGACUCCUUUGCGACUAUCAAAUCAACGUACAACUUUACCCCGAAAACGAUGCGAGAUAUAUCGUAUUGCAAGUCAUUUUACGGUACGCGAGAU